GAAAGAAUUAUUAACGCAUCUCAAUCUUUCUUUCAAUUCAACCUUAGCAACGCCCGUCAAAGAAAAAGCGGCGAACUCGGCCAGGCGGCGAGGGGCCAAUCUAUUCGCCGGAUACUCUAAUGUCCAGCGGAGCCACGUCAUCGUCCUCGCCGCCGCUGGCAGAGGCUGGGGACGGAUACUGGGAGGGGCGGGAGGAGGCGGUGGCGCGGCUGAAGGCGAUGGCCGCGAGGGCUCAUUGGGAGGACGAACUCUCGGCGGAGCGGUUGGAGACCAACAACCAGGUGCAGGAGGACGAGAUGCUGGCACUGCAAGCCAUUUAUGGGGAUGACAUGGUUAUCUUGGAGGAUAAGGCUGGUUUUCGUUCUUUUCAGAUUUUUGUUUGGUAUCCAAUUCCUAAUGGUACUAAGGUGUUCUUGAAUCUUCAUCCAAAUGGAACUAUGGUUGGAACUGAUAAUGAUGAGAGCAAAGAUGGUGGUGAACUCAUCUAUGCUUGCAGUUUAAAGCAUUUGCCACCUGUGGUGUUAACAUGUUUGCUGCCAUGUUCAUAUCCCAGUGCAAGUGCUCCUUAUUUUACUAUCUCAGCCAAGUGGUUGGAUGAACCCAAAGUUUCACACCUCUGUACCAUGUUUGAUGAGAUUUGGACUGAGCUGCCAGGACAAGAAGUAGUGUAUAGAUGGCUGGACUGGCUGAAUAGCUCUUCAUGGGCUUGCAUUUCUUUGAAUGACAACAUAAUACUAAUCGCAGAUAAAACUUCAGAUGUUGGAGAUGCACGUGCUAUUGCAAGAAGGCUUCUAGUUGAUCAUACUAUUCCUCUUAUGCAAAGUUACAAUGAGAGGAGGUCUCAUGAAAUAUUUCUGAAAAGCUUACAUAAGUGCCGAAUUUGUCUUAGUGAAAAUACUGGCAGAAAUUUCAUCAAGCUCCCAUGCCACCAUUUGUUUUGCUUGACGUGUAUGAAGUCUCACUGCAGAAUUCACGUAACAGAAGGGAGUUUAACCAAGCUCACAUGCCCUGAUACAACUUGCUGCAGCCCACUUCCACCAUCAGUUUUGAAAAGCCUCCUGGGAGAUGAUUGCUAUAAGCGAUGGGAAUCAUUCGCGUUACAGAAGCUCUUAGAUACAAUGCCUGAUCUGGUAUAUUGUCCGAGGUGUAAUGCUGCCUGCUUGGAGGAUGACAAUGAUGCUCAAUGCCCAGAGUGUUUUUUCACCUUCUGCUCUUUGUGCAAAGAACGCAGGCAUGUGGGGAAGGAUUGCGUUACUCCAGAAGAAAAGAUUAGGAUUCUGAGGGAAAAACACCAGAAAUAUUCCCUCCCAGAAAAACAAUUGUUGAAAGAACAGAGGGAAAUAGAUGAAUUAAUAAGUGUCUGCGAAGCGCUUCGCGAUUCGAAGCAAUGUCCUUCUUGCAAAAUGGCUAUCUCAAAGACUGAAGGAUGCAACAAGAUGAUCUGUAGGAACUGCGGGAAAUUCUUCUGUUACCGUUGUAACCAGGCAAUUCGUGGAUAUGAACAUUUUUGGGAUGGAAAUUGCGUGCUAUUUGAACACCAGAAUCAAGUGCAAAUAUAUGGACGGCUUGAGGAGUCCGAUGAUGAAGAACAUUUUGAUGAUGAAGAUCUAGAGGAGACAGAGCCUGAACUGGUAUGGGGUUGUCCUUGUCCAGUGUGUGGUCGGUGGAAUGGAAAGCUUGACACAAACAAUCAUAUAUUGUGCAUGGGUUGCCGAGGCCACUAUUGCGCGUUAUGCCGGAGGAGGGUAAUGAAGAGCUCCGAACACUAUGGACCAAGAGGUUGCCAACAACACACGGAUCCGUAGUGAUUCCCAAUCUUGUACAGUACAGAAUCUCCUUUAUACAUAGCAUUUUGCCACUUCCAGUGUUGGCAUCGACUUGUUGAGUUGUUUCCCAAAACGAGAGGCUUCUCGUGGUAGGGCCAAUGUGAAUUUGCAAUUGGAAGGGUCCAUUGCAUUUAUCUAGGAUCGUUGAUGUCAACAACAGAUGGUUGGCCAUGUAAUGAACAGGGCAUUUUAUUGAAAAUGACCGUGCAGAUUGAAGAUUCAGUUCGUUUAUGACGUA